AGCGCGGCCGCGCACAGGGAGGAGCUCGGCGGCAAGAUUAAAGAACAGAAAAUUGUUGUGGAUGAACUUUCUAACUUGAAGAAGAACAGAAAAGUAUAUAAGCAGCAACAGAACAGCAAUGUAUUCUUUCUUGCAGACCGAACAGAAAUGCUUUCUGAAAGCAAAAAUGUCUUAGAUGAGUUGAGAAAAGAAUACCAAGAAAUAGAAAACCUAGAGAAGACCAAAAUCAAGAAAUAGUCAUCCUGAUUUCAUAGAGCAAUGUGUGGCAUUUGCUGUUCUGUAAGCUUUUCUGUGGAGCAUUUCGAGAUAGACUUAAAAGAAGAUUUACUGUAUAAUCUGAAACGGCGGGGACCCAACAAUUGCAAACAGUUGUUAAAAUCUGCCGCCAGCUACCAGUGUUUAUUUUCUGGUCAUGUCCUUCACUUGAGAGGUGUUCUGACCGCCCAGCCUGUGGAAAAUGAAAGAGGCGAUGUGUUCUUGUGGAAUGGAGAAGUCUUUGGUGGAGUAAAGAUUGAAACUGAAGAGAAUGAUACUCAGAUGAUGUUUAAAUAUCUUUCCUCUUGUAAGACUGAAGCUGAUAUUUUGUCACUAUUCUCGGGAGUACAAGGUCCUUGGUCUUUUAUAUAUUAUCAAGCAUCGAGUCAUUACUUAUGGUUUGGGAGGGACUUUUUCGGUCGCCGUAGCCUGCUUUGGCAGUUCAGUAAUCUGGGCAAGAGUUUGUGCAUCUCUUCAGUUGGCACCCAGGCCUCUGGAGGGACAAAGCAGUGGCAGGAAGUUCCGGCAGCUGGGAUUUUCAGAAUUGAUCUAAAGUCUGCAGCCAAUUCCAGAUGCGUGAUUUUAAAUUUUUACCCUUGGAAACGUGUUUCUGCGAAGAAUGUCACUGAAGAACAUGUCAAUGUCCUGACUCAGAUUUCAGCAGACUUACCAACAUCUGUAUCAGUGGUGAUGAAUGAGGCCACACUGUAUCUUGCAAAACCUAUUGUUCCUUUAAAUGUGACGUUGCCCCAAGCUCCACUGGAAACUCACUGCAGAAAAAUAUCCAGUGUCCCACCUACAAAAGAGACACUCGAGGUCUUUCUUACAGAUGAGCACAUGAAAAGAGUAGUUCACCAGUUCAUUGAUGUCCUAAGUAUUGCAGUCAAGAGACGUGUCUUGUAUUUGCUGAGGGACAAAAGCCCGCCACCAGAGGAAGUUUUGAAAACGUGUGACAGGAAAGCAAAUAUUGCAGUCCUGUUUUCUGGAGGCAUUGACUCCAUAGUGAUUGCAGCCCUCGCCGACCGUCAUAUCCCUAUAGAUGAACCGAUUGAUCUUCUUAAUGUAGCUUUCAUGAUGAAAGAAAAGACCACACCAACUCAUCAUAGUAACAGGCGAGAACAGAAAGGUUACUGUGAUACAUCUUCUGGAGAAGUCUCUGUGAAGGCCAGUGCCGGUGAUGGUGAUAGUCUUGAAGAUAAAGUCCCAGAUCGAAUCACAGGAAGAGCCGGACUAAAGGAACUGCAAACCGUUAACCCAUCUCGCGUUUGGAAUUUUGUUGAAAUCAAUGUUUCUCUGGAAGAACUGCAAAAACUAAGGAGAACACACAUUUGUCACUUAGUUCAGCCCUUGGACACGGUGUUGGAUGACAGCAUUGGCUGUGCAGUGUGGUUUGCUUCUAGGGGGGUUGGUUGCUUAGCAACUCCAGAUGGAGCGAAAUCGUAUCAGAGCAAGGCAAAGGUAAUUCUCACAGGCAUUGGCGCAGACGAACAGCUUGCUGGUUAUUCCCGUCAUCGCGUCCGCUUUCAGACGCUUGGACUGGGAGCACUGAAUGAGGAAGUAGCCAUGGAGCUGGGCCGGAUUUCUUCUAGAAACCUCGGUCGUGAUGACAGAGUUAUUGGUGAUCAUGGAAAGGAAGCAAGAUUUCCAUUCCUGGAUGAAAAUGUUGUCUCCUUUCUAAAUUCCCUACCCAUCUGGGAAAAAGCAGACUUGGCCCUGCCCCGUGGAGUUGGUGAAAAACUAAUUUUACGUCUUGCGGCUGUGGAACUUGGUCUCACGGCCUCUGCCCUCCUGCCAAAACGGGCCAUGCAGUUUGGAUCCAGAAUUGCAAAGAUGGAAAACAGUAAGGAAAAGGCAUCUGACAGGUGUGGAAGGCUCCAAGUCAUUUCCUUAGAAAACCUUUCUUUUGCAAAGGAGACCAAAUCGUGAUAUGAUUUCAUACUGUUACAGUAUUUACUGAAUGAAUGUUCCAUGAAAAUAAAACGUUCCUCUGCUUUGUUAUUGUA